AUGGUCCUUGAAGCACAUAUCGGAGGAUACAACAUGAGCAAGGUAUUCAUGGAUGGAGGGAGCGGUCUGAAUCUGUUGUUCGCCAGCACAAUGAAAGCAAUGGGCCUAACAGUUGACAUGCUAAGGGAGUCUGACACAGGAUUCCACGACAUCAUACUGACUCGACCCGCUUACUCCCUUGGAAAAAUAUCACUGGAUGUAGUUUUCGGCACACCUAGCAACUUCAGGAAGGAGAAAAUUGAAUUUGAAGUGGUUGAUUGGGAGUCUCAAUAUCACGCCAUCCUCGGUAGAUCAGCGUUUGCUAAAUUCAUGGCAGUACCUCAUUAUGCGUACCUGAAGUUGAAGAUGCCAGGCAAUAAUGGGACAGCAAUAACCAUCCAUGGAAGCUUUUCCCAUUCAGACAGCUGUGACAGGGAUUUCCAAAAGAUCGCCUCAAAGUUUGGGGUUAAGGAAGAACUCAACGCACUCGACGCCAUUACAGACCACACGAAGCCACCAGCCGAUAAUCGGAGCGCAAGAUCAGAUGAAUUUGACGUCGCAAAGGAAGCAAAGAAACAACAAGUGCAUCCCUCUGACCCGAAAAAGACAGUCAAUACUUCGGCAGAUCUUACUGUCGCAUAG